GUGGCAACCAGUAACUAUCAGCCCUUGCACCUUAGAAUUUAAGAAUUGUCUUCUCCAUGUUUCUGAAUCUUUAACCCUAUCAUCACCUUUGUGUUUUCUGUUUCGAUCAUCAUCGCCAAGGAAUCUUUCGGAUCCGUUUUUUAAAUUGGGAUUUUCAGUUUCUAGUAGAACACAGCAGUCAGAGAACCCCUUUGUUUUUCAAAGCUCCGAAUAUUUCAAGAACAUGGUAUGCAUAUGAUGUGUGGAAUAUCAACGAACCAACCUUGUAGCUAAGCAUCCCCACGUGCAACCCUUGUCUGAUCAUCAAUCAGACAUGAUAUGAUUCUUUAUCCAUGUUGAUAUUACCAUGACUCUAUAUCUUCCUGUUUCUUAAAAACUCGAAAUCUUGAUCCACAAAUUGAAAGACUAGAAGAAGGAAGAAAGGAAGGGGUUUCUUGUUUUUUGGCAGAUAAAUUUCUUUAUGCAAUGGAACCUCCGGCGAGGCAGCAAAUUUCCCGGCAGAAGAAGAUGACAAAACAGUUGACUGGGAAACGGGAUGACACGCCGUUUCAUGCGGUGGUGAGAGCUGGGAAUUUGAAGCUGGUUAAGGAAAUGGUAGCUGAGAAUCUUGGAGAAGCUGCAGAGUUGACUGUGAUGUUGUCGAAACAGAACCAAUCAGGAGAAACUGCUUUAUAUGUUGCUUCAGAGUAUUCGCAUGUUGAUAUAGUGAAGGAGCUGAUUAAGUACUAUGACACUGGUUUGGCUAGUCUAAAAGCAAGAAAUGGGUAUGAUACUUUUCACAUAGCUGCCAAGCAAGGUGAUUUGGAGAUAGUGAAAGUUCUCAUGGAGGUCGAUCCUGAACUUUCUUUGACCUUUGAUUCAUCAAACACUACAGCUUUGCACUCUGCUGCCUCACAAGGGCAUGUUGAAGUAGUGAAUUUUUUGUUAGAGAAAUGCAGUGGCCUCGCUUUGAUAGCAAAAAGUAAUGGUAAAACUGCCUUGCAUUCGGCAGCAAGGAAUGGACAUUUGGAGAUUUUGAAAGCCCUUUUAAGCAAAGAACCUGGACUCGUGAUUAAGAUUGAUAAGAAAGGCCAGACAGCUCUCCAUAUGGCAGUUAAGGGACAGACUGUUGAGCUGGUGGAGGAGCUGAUCAUGUCAGAUCCUUCUUUGAUGAACAUGGUUGAUAAUAAAGGCAACUCUGCUUUGCAUAUUGCAGUACGUAAGGGUAGAGAUCAGAUCGUUAGGAAGCUACUUGACCAACAGGGAAUUGACAAAACAAUUGUCAACAGAUCCAGAGAAACCCCCUUCGAUAUUGCUGAGAAAAAUGGCCACAGAGGAAUUGCCUCCAUCUUAGAAGAACAUGGAGUCUUAUCUGCCAAAUCCAUGAAGCCUACAACUAAAACAGCCAACCGAGAACUAAAGCAAACUGUAAGUGACAUAAAGCACGGGGUUCACAAUCAGCUUGAGACCACACGGCUAACACGAAAACGUGUUCAAGGUAUAGCCAAGAGGCUCAACAAAAUGCACACUGAAGGUCUCAACAAUGCGAUUAACUCAACCACAGUUGUUGCAGUCCUUAUUGCCACUGUUGCGUUUGCUGCCAUCUUCCAGCUCCCUGGCCAGUUUGUUGAUAACCCAGAUAACCUCGCACCCGGACAGUCUGCUGGAGAAGCGAAAAUUGCUCCCAAACCCGAGUUCAUGAUUUUCAUCAUAUUUGACUCUAUUGCUCUCUUUAUAUCAUUGGCUGUAGUGGUGGUUCAAACUUCUAUCGUUGUUAUAGAGAGAAAGGCAAAAAAACAACUAAUGUCCGUGAUCAACAAGCUAAUGUGGUUGGCUUGUGUGCUGAUUUCAGUUGCAUUCCUUGCACUCUCAUACGUUGUUGUGGGAGAUGAUGAGAAGUGGUUGGCACUAUCUGUAACAGUCAUAGGGACAAUAAUCAUGGUAACAACAAUUGGGACGAUGGGUUAUUGGGUAAUUGUACAGAGAAUUGAGACUUCCAAAUUACGGAGAUCAUUAACAAGUAGGUCACGAUCAGAGUCGAUGUCAUUCAUGGAAGAAUCAGAGAUUCUGGAAAAUGACUUCAAGAAACUCUAUGCAAUUUGAGACUUUGUCCACCAUUUUAGGUCUUACAUGUGCAUACAACAUUUUCCUCCUUGUAUAUAUUCCUUUGUGACUUCUUUUCAGCCUUUUCGCGCACUAGUGAAGCAUGGAGCUGGUAGAUAAUCUGAAGAGUUUUGAAGAAGAAGAAGAAGAGGGUGGUAACUUUUUCAGUUGAUGGGAAAUCAGUUAGUUGGCGACUCGGUUCUGUUCUCAUAGAUGACCUCUAUCCAUAUGUACAUUUUCCCUUGAGAUUUUUAUCUUUCUCACAAUUAAAAAAUCUACUUUUGAUGCUUUAUCGAGCUUCAGAGGUUGCUAUAGAAUAAUAGAAGCUUCUCUGGUACGAAAUUGGGUAAACUUGCUGGUAUGGCUCUAAACAUUCUGUGUAAUCUUAUUUAUUCAGAAUGCUAACACUUGCUACCGCACCA